AUGAAAACGGCGUCCUGGGCACUUGUAGCAAGCCUUCUCCUGUUCAGCCAGUUUCUGGGCUUGGCGGAGACAGGAGGGUUUGGAAACUCCGAUCUUUCUCAACUUGCCAGACUGACACAGAACUUAUUAAUAACGUUAUGGUCCAACGGCACCGCGACGGCCUUGGAUAGAUUCAUUGACAACAACUUUCCCGCCAUUGUCGAGUUUUUGAACACGACUGGAUUGCCGUUAAUGAGAACGGCGUCUGAGAUGGUCAUCAACACGCUGCAGUAUGUGAAAGCCUACGAAUUGCCAAAGAACGCCACGGUUAUGAAGGAGAACCUUAAGGGAGUGUUUAACUUGGUGAAUUUUGAUGAUUUUGUCGGCAUCUUGAUCCAGGGAGCGCAGAGUGGUUUGCUGGGGAGGCCCGCCAAUGUGUCCUCUGAGUGCUAUGAAGACGCUUUCCUGUUCUUACAAGGUCUUCAGCGAGGAGAGCCGUGGGCUCUGAAGCUGCUGGACGCCAUGGGCAAGCCGGAGACUGGGAUCUACCAAGGCAAUCUGAUGUGGAUGGGGUUCUAUGACGAGUGUGUGGGGACAACUGCAAGGACCACGAUCUCCGUGACUCCUGGCUUAUCUGUUGACCACGAGUUCCAGGGGAAAUACUGUCUGGUAAAGAUACCAUUCCCAGAUGGAGUUCUCAAUGCGCCGCAGGGAGCAAGUAUCCAGGUAGCUAUGUGUGUUUCUGAACGGUGUUCUUCCAGAGAUUUAACAGCUGCUUUUCGCUCCAUUGGCGCCAGGGAUGCCGUACAGAUAGUGUGCAAGGGAGACAGACGUCUUGACUUCAGAACCGACGCUGGCGCCAUCUGUGCAAGCAUUCUUGGGUGUGUGUUCGUUUUGGUGGUCAUUUUGGGGACUGUCUAUGACGUUCUGGACUCUCGUUAUUUCUCAACGAGCACAAAGACUUCCCGCGCUUCCAAAACUAAUCCAUCAAAGAAAAAUAAUGUUACGUUGACUCGUUCGAUGUGUGAUGAGUGCAAGAAGACAAACAGCUGUCAGUGGUGUGAUGUUUGCUGUGCUAGCAUGUGCCACCAUAACAAAGUCGAGUUAGAUGGCGGUGAUGAAAUACAGCAUAGAGACAAUGACGGUUCAGUGACAUCUUUUGGACUUGAAACUUAUAAGAAUGGACGACGCACAGAUGAAGACCAGUUGCUGCCAAAGAAAAGAGGAAAGUGUCUCCUGAUCCUGCGAGCGUUCUCACUGUACAGUAACGUACAAAAGAUAAUGGACACGGAUUCUCCAGCGGGCACGUUACACUGUGUGAACGCUAUCCGCGUGUUGAGUAUUACAUGGGUGAUACUGGGGCACACUUACUUCACCAUGACGGCCUUCGGGGUGAUGUUCUCCAACCCACUACAGGUGUUCCAGAAAGCCAACGAGGUUACAUUCAUGGCGAUAUUCAAUGGUACCUUUCCUGUGGAUGUCUUCUUCCUUAUGAGUGGUCUUUUUGUGUCGUACGUGUUCCUUGGCCGGGCACAGAGGCUAAAAAAAGUGACCUUCAAAGAAAUGAGCUUUUUCUACAUCCACAGGUUUUGGAGGAUAACCCCAUUGUAUGCCAUGGUCAUCUUCUUGAACACCACCAUUACCCCCUAUGUAAUGCAUGGCCCUAUGGCCCCGGAGUACUCGAACGAUGAGAAAUACUGCCGCAUGAAUUGGUGGCAGAAUCUUCUCUAUGUCAAUAAUCUGGUCAAUCCAGCCGAAAUGAAUUUCAUAGAACAAAACACAGAACAAUACACAAGGAAUGGUCAAAAUUAG